UUCUCAACCCCUGCAAGAAAACCAUCUUCCUCGUCUCUCUUCCCUCUCGCAAAUGUCUCAAAUUUUCUCUAAAUCCCCCAAACACUGCGCCGAAAAGCAAACUUUAACCAUCCACAAGUCCCACAAGAAACUAUUAUUCUCCAUCUCUUCGUUUUUCAUCAUCGUUUUAGCCUUCAUCUUCCUUGUCUGGCUCACUCUCCACCCUUCCAAACCACGCUUCUCCCUCACUCAGCUAGACAUCUACCAACUCGGCCUCACUCGCCCUUCGCUCCUCAACUCGUCCAUCCAGCUCACCUUCCUCUCCAAAAACCCCAACCAGAGAGUCGGCGUUUACUACGACGAGUUGCAGGCUUAUGCUUCGUACAAAGGCCAGCAGAUAACCGUGUAUACCCCUAUUCCUCCGUUUUACCAAGGCCACCAAGAGAGCAACUUGUUGACGGCUUUUCUGCAGGGGAAUGCUCUCCCGGUGGCUCCGUCUUUCGGUUACGACGUCGCACGUGAUCAGAGCGCUGGGAGGAUGGUUUUUAGUUUGAGAGCCAUUGGGAAAAUCCGGUGGAAAGUCGGGACUUGGGUUUCCGGCCGAUAUCGGUUUAACGUCAACUGUGUAUCGGUUAUGGUGUUCAGACCUAAUACCGCACCGGCGAGUCCGUUCAUCGGUUCUAGUACAGCCACUCGGUGCUCCACUGAUGUGUGACAUUAACAUGGUACCCUAAACUUUAUAUCGGCUUGUUGAUGUUUUUCUUCACUCAUAUAAGAAAUGGUUGAUUUGUUUUGUCUAAUGCCCUUGUCUUUAAAGAGAUGCUAGAAUCGUAAUAUUAAUAACAUGAUGAUUAAAAGGCUUGUUUUCGAUGAUAUUCAUCUUUGGAUGAUUCAUAAUUAUUGUGGCCAUGAUUUUGCUUUUUCACAUGGUUGGCGGAGGAUAAGAAAGAUGAUUCAUUGCUUAUUGCCUUUUUCUCGUGGAAAGAUGAGGAUUGUUUUGC